AUGGAGCGUUUAGGCCAUCACUUGCUCCACUUUGAUGAUCACUAUCUAAGAGAAGAGUCCUCCAAGAACUAUGGAAUGGCUUUAAGGGCAUUCUAUGAGAUAUGUCCUUAUGGGAGGUUUGCUCAUCUUGCUACCAACUUUGCCAUACUUGAGUCCUUGCCAUGUGAUGUGCAAGUAAUUCAUAUAAUUGAUUUCGAUGUCGGAGAAGGCGAACAAUGGCCGGCUUUGCUCGCUGUUCUUAAUCACCGGAUAUCGGUCAAGCUCAGUGUUAUUCACUGUAAAGAAGUAAAGAAGACUAGAAACAACCUUUGUAGCUUUGCCUGUUCCAUUGGAUUAAGUUUACAAGUUGAAGAGAUUGAGAUGGAGGAGUUGUUGUUGAUGUUUGAUAGAACAGUAAAUGAAAAUGAAUGGUUUGUUUUCAAUUGCAUGGUGGGACUACCACACAUGGGAGAGCCUAAGAGAAGAAGACAAGUGUUGGAAUUCACAAGGGUGGCUGAAAAGGUGGUAACAAGCUACAAAGGAAUAGGAAUGAUAAGUUAUGGAGAAGGAUUUGGGUCAAGGUUGAAGCCAUUCUCUGAUGAUCAUUUGGUGAGUUCUCAUGCUUUGUUUGAGUCCUUGGAAUGGCACUUCCCUUCUCAUCUAUCACUUGCAAGGACAACCAUGGAGUGUCUCUUUGUAGGACCUUGUGUUUCUCUUAUUGACUUUGUGGAGGACUUUGAGCCUUUUUGUGGCCAUGGUUUGAGAGAGUGUAGGGUGAGUAAAGAAAGAUUAAUGGAGGUUAAGGAGAUGGUUAUGAAGGGAAGAGAUGAGCCUUAUGAGAUUAAGGUUAAUGGUUAUUGUGAGAAUGAGAUGGUGUUGGAGUGGAGAGGAACUCCAAUGGUUAGACUCUAUACUUGGAGAUAA